AUGCACUAAGGUGUGUAAUAUGUAAAGGAAGUGAGUGGGGGAUAUUUUAUCUGCUGAAAAAGAAAAAAAAAAUGGAGGUGGAGGAUAAGAAGAAACAGAUAAGCUCUUCUUGGCUACUUUGCUACACCAAAUGCUUUCCCUUCUCUCCUCCUUCUUCUUUGAGGUCACCGGAAAGUGACUCCGAGGAGAAGAAGCACGACGAGGCUGUAUCAAAUCUGAAGUCAAAGAAAAGAAUCCCUGGUGGAUGGAAGUCCAUGCCUUUUGUCCUAGGAAAUGAAACAUUUGAGAGACUAGCUACGAUUGGGUUGUUGGGCAACUUUCUUGUUUUCUUGAUGACUCAAUUUCACAUGGAUCAAGCCUCUGCUGCAAGCCUACUCAACAUUUGGUCAGGCGUCACUAAUUUUGCACCCUUGCUUGGUGCCUUCAUUUGUGAUGCCUAUGUGGGCCGCUUUCUUACCAUUGCGGUCUCCUCCUUUGCAUCUCUUCUGGGAAUGGUGACAUUGACACUAAUAGUUUGGAUUUCCAAACUCCACCCUCCUCCAUGCACCCCACAAGAAGUCCAACUCGACCGGUGCAAGGGUCCCACCACACUUCAUUUGGGUGUUUUGGUAAUUGGACUAGGGUUGCUCUCCAUCGGCACCGGUGGCAUAAGGCCUUGUAGCCUACCCUUCGGUGUGGACCAAUUUGAUGCGACCACCGACGAAGGAAGGAAAGGGAUCAACAGUUUCUUCAAUUGGUACUACGCCACAUUUACUUUGGUCAUGCUCAUUGCUCUCACCGUGGUGGUCUACAUUCAAGACUCUGUUAGUUGGGUUUGGGGCUUUGGCAUUCCCACAAUGCUCAUGUGUUGUUCCAUUGUGCUCUUCUUUUGGGGCACCAAGAUGUACGUGCAUGUCAAGCCGGAAGGGAGUGUGUUUUCCGGCAUCGCGCAGGGGGUUGUCGCGGCAUACAAGAAACGCCACGUAAAGCUUCCGGUUGAUGGGGAGGCAGACGGGGUUUUUUACGACCCGCCGUUGGCGGAAACUAUUGUGACAAAGCUGCCUCUCACCAAUCAAUUCAGGUUCUUAAACAAAGCUGCUAUGAUAAUGGAAGGUGAAGUUAAAGCUGAUGGCUCUCCUACAAAUCAAUGGAGGCUGUGCAGCAUCCAACAAAUAGAAGAAGUCAAAUGCCUCAUAAAAAUAGUCCCUGUGUGGGCUUCUGGCAUCAUUUGCUUCACUGCCAUUGCACAACAAGCAACAUUCACAAUAUCACAAGCCCUAAAAAUGGAUCGUCACCUUGGACCGAACUUCCAAAUUCCUCCGGGAUCGCUCGUAGUCAUAUCCAUGGUCACAGUAGGGUUAUGGAUCCCCUUCUACGACCGAGUCGCCGUGCCAUAUCUCCGAAAGAUCACCAAACUGGAAGGUGGGAUCACACUCCUCCAAAGAAUUGGAAUUGGCAUUGUCUUCUCAAUUCUGUCUAUGGUCGUCGCCGGAUUGAUCGAGCAAAUGAGGAGGACUUACGCUAGGUCGCACACUAGGCCUAAUGGGGUUGCACCAAUGUCAGUGAUGUGGCUCGCACCCCAACUUGUUCUGAUGGGCUUUGCCGAGGCGUUCAAUAUUAUUGGACAGAUUGAGUUUUACUACAAGGAGUUUCCGGAGAACAUGAGAAGCGUGGCUAAUUCUCUCUUCUUUUGUACCGUGGCGGGUGCUAACUACUUGAGCAGCUUCUUGAUCACCAUUGUGCACGGAGUGACCGGGAAACAUGGUAGGCCUGAUUGGUUGGCAAAGGAUAUUAAUGCCGGCAAGGUUGAUUAUUUUUACUUCCUGAUAGCAGGAAUGGGGGUUCUGAACUUGAUAUAUUUUCUAGUCGUUGCUCGUCGAUACAAUUACAAGAGUAGUCCACAAAUUAUUGAAGAAAAGCCACAGUUGGACCUUGAGGUUAAUGCAACUAGACAGUAAGGUAAUUCGAUUCGGGCGUACUGUAUCCAUGAGUCCACAAUUCUCACACGCAUAGUUCUGAGAUGUAGAGAUUUAUAUAUAUAAUAUAGUAUAAGUAAAGAGUAUGACAGACCUCAUAUGGGAGAGACUAGUAGGGUAGGCAAUUGUAGUGGAAAAUUUUAGAGUACUCUGUAUCAUGCCCCGUUAAACAGCUCACUUGAUAAAUGAUCUAACGACUGAGAGACUCACGAUAUGAUAACCGGAAGUAUUUGAGAACUUCUCGCAACAGCGACAUACCACUUUAUGCAUAGCUCAUGGGUUGGCUUGAAAGGGAUAUAUUUUUGAAUGUUUGUGCCCACUGCACUGGGGACAAUGCUAUUGAGCUUGUUUGCCCAUGAUUGUAUAAGAUUACAUUAUAUACUGAAAAGUAAAAGGUACAAUAAUUGUGAGUUGAUAAGGUGCAAUGUUAGUGUAUGGAUUGGCAGGCAUUCACACACGUAACACAGAUAAACCCACAUCUUCUGAAACUUUUCAGACCUUCCAUUAAUAUUAUGAUAUCAAUGACUUUAUGGUUC